GCAGGAGACAACAGCUCACACGGACGAGUCGGCGUCGCUAGUGCGGGACCAGGAGUCUCCGCGAGCAAGAUGGCCGCUCCCGAGACGCAGGCCGAGGGGCGCCGGCACUGAGUCCGGACCCGCGCGCCCUUCCUCCAGCCUUGCGUCCCCACAAAGACCUCGCGCUUCUCGCCAUCAAAUCCCCAUGGAUUAUUCUCGCUGUGGUCUCGAGGCCGUUCCAAUAGAGCCUUAGUUGGCCCAGGGAGAGAACUCUGGCACAGCGCUGCUCUGAGCUGGAACCUCAGGGAGGUCUGCUGCAACAGGGGCGACACUGACUGCUCCAUGCUUGUGGGUGCGGGGAGGCGUGGCCUCCCCCGGGGCCGCUACCUCUGCUGUUUGCUGUGUGCUUUCACCUUGAAGCUCUGUGAAGCAGAGGCUCCCGUGCGCGAGGAGAAGCUGUCAGUGAGCACCUCAACUUCGCCAUGUUGGCUGGUGGAAGAGUUUGUGGUGACUGAAGAGUGUACUCCGUGUUCUAACUUCCAGAUUAAAACUACGCCUGAGUGUGGUUCUACGGGCUAUGUGGAGAAAAUCACAUGCCGCUCCUCUAAAAGGAAAGAAUUCAAAAGCUGCCGGUCAGCUCUGAUGGAACAGCGCCUGUUCUGGAAGUUUGAAGGCACCAUGGUGGGUGUGGCUUUAGUCUUCGCGUGCCUUGUCAUCCUUCGUCAGCGACAGCUGGACAGAAAGGCUCUUGAGAAAGUCCGGAAGCAAAUUGAAUCCAUAUAGCCGAAUUCCACUGUAUUAUGCGGCUCUUACGGACUGUAUCUCAGAUGGAGAAGGGCCAGUGGGCUAAUUUGCACUCAUGCGCCUGUGGUAGUAGCACCUUUCCCUGACUUCCAGACCAUUAAUGAGCACAAUAAAAAGUAAAGUAGAGCUGGGCAUGGUGGCACACACUUGUAACCGCAGCCCUUGAGAGAGUGAGGCAGGAGGAUCCUGGGUAAAUUUAUAGGCAGGCUAGCCUGAACUACAUAAGACUGUCUUUAAAAAGCAAAAAAAUAAUAAUAAAGGAGUAACACAA